AUGUCAGCUGGGUUAGCAAAAUGCUCUAAAAUCCGCCACAUAGUGAGGCUUCGCCAAAUGCUAAGACGUUGGCGCAACAAGGCACGUGUGUCGGCCAAUCGCAUACCAUCGGAUGUUCCAGCAGGACACGUGGCAGUCUGUGUAGGGACUAGUUGCAAGAGAUUUGUGGUGCGAGCGACGUACCUGAACCACCCCAUCUUUAAAAGCCUCCUAGUACAGGCCGAAGAAGAGUUCGGCUUCUCUAACCAAGGCCCAUUAGCGAUCCCAUGCGAUGAGACCGUUUUUGAGGAAGUGAUUCGAUACAUUUCACGGUCUGAGAAUGGAAAAUCCGGCCGGUUUGUGAAUCUUGAGGAUUUGCAGACAUACUGCCACGUUGGUGUUAAAAAUGCUAAGCUUGAUUUUUGGGCAGAUUCAAGACCUUUGCUUCAUGCUGAUAAGACAUUCUGGUAA